AGGACACAGCAAAGCUGCCUAAAGAUAAACACAGCAGCCCAGGCAGGGGAUUUCCAACUCAACUUCUUGCAUAUAAGCUGGACUCAACUUCUUGCAUAUAAGCUGGACUCAGGGUUCUUUUCUCAGCUGCCUGUUUCUUCUCUAGAGACUGCAGAAAUGGCUCCCAAUGCUCCCUGCAUCUGUGUGAAUGUACAUUCCAUGGAAUGGGAAAUGAUGACCUUCACUGCCAACAAAAAUGACAAAGUGAAGAAAAUCAGUGAAUACAUCCGGUCCAGGACCAAGGUUCCUGUGCAGGACCAGGUCCUUCAGCUGGGCCCCAAGAUCCUAAAGCCCCCGAGACGGCUGUCUUCUUAUGGCAUUGACAUGGAGAAGACAAUCCACCUCACCCUGAAGGUGGUGAAGCCCAGUGACGAGGAGGUGCCUGUAUUUCUGGUGGAGUCGGGUGAUGAGGGGCAGAGGCACCUCCUCCAGGUGCGAAGGUCCAGCUCAGUGGCCCAAGUGAAAGAGAUGAUCGAGACCAAGACAGCUGUCAGCCCUGAGACCCAGAUUGUGACUUGCAAUGGGAAGAGACUGGAAGAUGGGAAGACCAUGGCAGAUUAUGGCAUCAAAAAGGGCAAUUUACUCUUCCUGGCGUUUCCCUGCAUUGGGGGGUAACCGCCCUGGGGAUGGAGUGAUCUCAGGAGAAAAAGCACUUAUUUCCUUUUAGCUCUUACUUACCAAUCACAUCCUUUGCUGGUUUGCCAAGAUGAAUAAAGAGAUAAAUAUAACAUUUGGGUGAAGUGGAGGGAAGAAGAUUGCAGAAUACUUUUCCAAUGUUAUGAUUCUUUGAUUCUAAUGUAAUUAAGAGACAGGAUAGUGUGUAAGGUGUUACUGAAAAUAGAAAAUAAAUUACUAAGGCACAUGAGAGACAGCAUUCAAAGGCAGCUUGCAAUUGAAUUCUUUCUGGUUCCCUCUGAUUCAUAGAAAAACUCCAAUUUCCUUUCCUAUCAGACAAGGUAGUAAGUUUUAGGUUGGGAUCCCUACUUUUCUAAUUUCUGUUUUCCAUUUGUGUUUAGCCCAGUGCUUCGUAAAUAAUAUCAAUAAUUGUUAAACCGAACUGAAUUUCCACUGAUAGAGAACAGUGAAAUUAUUUAUUAUGAAGUGGAAUAAUUAAUUUGACUUGAUCACAACCUAAUGCAAAAAAAAAAUUAGAAAUUCAAUUAAACUAAUUUCUGUCUCCU